AUGGUCGCUGCUCACACCUCCCAUUCCUCAUCCUCCGGCGAGUGGAUCGCUUGCCUGGAUAAAAGGCCUUUGGAACGUUCCAGUGAAGAUGUAGAUAUAAUAUUCACACGACUGAAAGAAGUGAAAGCUUUUGAGAAAUUUCAUCCAAACCUUCUCCAGCAGAUAUGUCUCUGUGGAUAUUAUGAAAAUCUGGAAAAAGGAAUCACAUUGUUCCGUCAGGGUGAUAUUGGGACAAACUGGUAUGCUGUUCUGACAGGAUCGCUGGAUGUGAAGGUUUCUGAUACAAGCAACCACCAGGAUGCUGUGACAAUAUGCACUUUGGGAAUAGGAACUGCCUUUGGAGAGUCCAUUCUGGAUAACACUCCUCGCCAUGCAACCAUCGUUACCAGAGAAUAUAGUGAGCUCCUUCGAAUUGAGCAGAAGGACUUUAAAGCACUUUGGGAGAAAUAUCGGCAGUAUAUGUCUGGACUUCUCACUCCUCCUUAUGGUGUUAUGGAAACUGGCUCCAACAAUGACAGAAUGCCAGAUAAGGACAGUAUGUCAAGCAAUGCGCUUUGCCAAGUUUCUAAAAACUGUAAUAAGACACCUCUUAUUGAACCUCACAUCCCACAUCGUCCUACUAAACCCAUUACACAGGUUCCUUCGGAAAAGAUCCUCAGAGCUGGAAAGAUUUUGCGGAAUACAAUUCUGUCCCGAGCCCCUCACAUGAUAAGAGAUCGUAAAUACCAUCUGAAGACUUACAGGCAAUGCUGUGUGGGGACAGAACUAGUUGACUGGAUGACACAGCAAAGUCCUUGUGUACAUUCACGAACCCAGGCUGUUGGCAUGUGGCAAGUAUUGCUGGAAGAAGGUGUUCUUAACCAUGUGGAUCAGGAACACCACUUUCAAGACAAAUACUUAUUUUAUCGAUUUUUGGAUGACGAGCGGGAAGAUGCCCCUUUGCCAACAGAGGAAGAGAAAAAGGAGUGUGAUGAGGAGCUACAGGACACUAUGCUGCUUCUAUCUCAGAUUGGGCCAGAUGCUCACAUGAGGAUGAUACUCAGAAAACCGCCUGGCCAGAGAACUGUAGAUGACUUAGAAUUUAUAUAUGAAGAACUUCUUCACAUUAAAGCCUUAUCUCAUCUUUCUACCACAGUAAAGCGAGAAUUAGCAGGUGUCCUCAUUUUUGAGUCACAUCCCAAAGCAGGAACGGUCUUAUUUAAUCAGGGAGAAGAAGGUACUUCUUGGUACAUUAUCCUAAAGGGAUCAGUAAACGUAGUCAUUUAUGGCAAGGGUGUGGUAUGUACUCUACAUGAAGGAGAUGAUUUUGGCAAGUUAGCGCUUGUAAAUGAUGCUCCCAGAGCAGCAUCCAUUGUUCUGCGUGAAGACAACUGCCACUUCUUGAGAGUAGACAAGGAGGACUUCAACAGGAUCCUCAGGGAUGUAGAAGCAAAUACAGUAAGACUCAAAGAACAUGACCAAGAUGUCUUGGUGUUGGAGAAGAUCCCAGCAGGAAACAGAGUUUCUAAUCAAGGAAAUUCACAGCCUCAGCACAAGUAUAUUGUGAUGUCAGGAACCCCAGAGAAAAUUUUAGAGCAUUUUCUAGAAACGAUGCGCCUUGAAGCAACUUUAAAUGAAGCAACAGAUUCUAUUUUAAAUGACUUUAUUAUGAUGCACUGUGUUUUUAUGCCAAAUAGCCAGCUCUGCCCAGCCUUGAUGGCACACUAUCAUGCCCAGCCUUCCCAGGGUACAGAGCAGGAGAAAAUGGAUUAUGCCCUCAACAAUAAAAGACGAGUCAUUUGGCUGGUUCUGCAGUGGGCUGCUUUAUAUGGAGAUUUACUGCAAGAAGAUGAAGCAGCAAUGGCAUUUUUGGAGGAAUUUUAUGUAUCUGUAUCAGAUGAUACUAGGAUGAUUACAGCACUAAAGGAGCAACUUCCAGAACUAGAGAAAAUUGUAAAGCAAGUUUCUGAAGAAGCUAAAGGACCACAAAAGAAGCACAAAGUUCUUCUGCAGCUGUUCAACACAAGUGAUGACAGAGCACAGAAGCGCCAGCCUAUUAGGGGCAGUGAUGAAGUUCUGUUUAAGGUGUACUGCAUAGACCAAACCUAUACUACUAUCCGGGUGCCAGUGUCUUCCUCUGUGAAGGAGGUGAUCAGCGCAGUAGCAGAUAAGCUGGGAUCUGGAGAAAGCCUCAUCAUAGUAAAGAUGAGUUCAGGAGGAGAAAAGGUUGUGCUCAAGCCUCAUGAUGUUUCAGUGUUUACAACUCUCAGUGUUAAUGGACGACUGUUUGCUUGCCCACGUGAUCAGUUUGAUUCAUUGGCACCAUUACCAGAACAAGAGGGACCAUCUGCUGGUACAGUGGGAACAUUCGAACUGAUGAGUUCCAAAGACUUAGCCCAUCAGAUGACAAUUUAUGACUGGGAGCUCUUCAAUUGUGUGCAUGAGCUGGAAUUGAUCUAUCACACUUUUGGAAGGCACAAUUUUAAAAAGACCACAGCAAAUCUGGACUUGUUUUUAAGAAGAUUUAAUGAAAUUCAGUUCUGGGUGGUGACUGAGAUUUGUCUUUGCUCUCAACUCAGCAAGCGUGUUCAGCUGUUAAAGAAGUAUAUUAAGAUAGCAGCCCACUGUAAAGAAUACAAAAAUCUGAAUUCCUUUUUCGCUAUUAUUAUGGGACUGAGUAAUGUCGCUGUGAGUCGUCUCUCAUUGACAUGGGAGAAACUUCCAAGCAAGUUCAAGAAGAUCUAUGCAGAGUUUGAAAGCUUAAUGGACCCAUCAAGAAACCAUAGGGCCUACAGACUAACUGUAGCUAAAUUGGACCCUCCAAUAAUUCCUUUCAUGCCACUACUUAUAAAAGACAUGACGUUUACUCAUGAAGGAAACAAGACAUUCACUGACAAUCUGGUAAACUUUGAAAAAAUGCGUAUGAUUGCCAAUACUGUCAGGACGGUGAAAUUCUGCCGAAGCCAAUCUUUCAAUCCUGACGCAGCCCUAACUAAUAAGAACCAUCAGGAUGUUCGGAGCUAUGUGCGGCAAUUAAAUGUGAUUGACAACCAGAGAACUUUAUCACAGAUGUCUCACCGACUAGAACCGCGUCGAGCAUAA